AUGGCAGUUCAAACUCCCAAACAACGGAUAGCCAACCAAAAAUUCGCCAAGCGAAACGAGAAGAAACUGGGCAAAGCCAGAAAGACGGAGUCCAAAUCUUCGUUGGCUCUACCUAAAUACUGGGUAAUUGGGCUUCUCUUUCUGCUGAUAGGAGGUGGUAUACUCGAACUUAUCAGCCUCUUUUUGUAA